AUGACGGAGAGGAUAAUCCGCUCCACGUCUUGUCUACUGCCUUCAGAUGACGUCCACGCUUACGCCCUCGCCAAGACCCUCGUGAAAGUCGCCUCGCCUGUGACGGUGGGACUCUACUCCGCGUGUGAGAAUCGAAUCAAUAUGAUCCUCAAGCAAAUGGAGGUGUACAUGGAGAGGGAAGCUCUGAGGAUGGAGCAGGAAUACAACGGGAGAUCCCGGCCUCGCCCGGUUAAACUCUCCCUCACUGGCUUGCUAGCUCUCAUCGGCAGAUUACUUUUCUACAAGCCUAUUUGGACUGAGGAGAGCCAGCAGCACCAUAACAUCAGGUUUAUUUAUGUGCACUUUAGUGCCUGGCAUUUCUCAGGCAGUGACCUGCUGUGGGCAGGGCUGACAAUACGACUGUUCCAGGCCAUGCAAGUGAACUUUGGGAAAUUACCGAUAGGACUGUAUCGUAUGGCUCAAUAUGAUGAAGACGACGAAGUCGUCGAAAAGACUGUGGAGGAUGGUCCAAAUGAAUGGAGGUCGAAGAAGCUCUGCUGCUGCCCUCUGUGGCUUGUCUGCCUCGCCACUCUUCUGACCGCCCUGAUCAUCAUGGUCCUCCUGGUAAUCCUUGGCUUUCCAAAGGAAAAUGUGGACACGGGUGAGAGCGAGGGGGGAGACGAAAUGAGUAACAGCAAGGUAGGCGUAUUGGAGGGCGUUGCCAUUGCUGCGUUGGGAGUCCCUGCAGCAGGCGCUGUGAGGUUCAUCUUUCUGAUGGGUAAGAACCUCAUCUUCACCCAGGACCUGAACAUCAGACGGGGAAUGGACAAUGAGCAGGUCAGCAACAAGCUGGGCUUCAUGAACGAGGUGAGAAAAGAGAUGUGGCUGCUGUCCAACUUCAUCCACUUCAUGGAGUUAUUCGAGAGGAGAAGGAUCCGUGUGGUGCUGAAGAUCACCAACCUGGACCGCUGUUCCCCCCGGAAAAUCGUUGCCGUCUUAGAUGCCAUGAAUAUUUUGCUUUCAGAAGUGGACAGUCCCUUUAUUUCCCUUCUGGCAGUCAACCCAGAGGUAGUGGUACAAAAAGUUAACUUCGCAGACGGCUGGUUCAGUAAAGAGGACAGAGCUUAUGCAUUUCUGAAUCGAAUUGUUACGCUGGCUUUCACAGUUCCGCCAUUGUGUGAUGCAUCAAAAUGCAAGGUUUUUCACAGCCUGACCUGCCCAGAAUUUGCUAAGGACCUACAGAUAAAAACAGAUGAACAGAGCUCUAAGCCAGCAUAUCCCCUUGAUGACUUUUCGGUGGCAAAUGCAGAAAUAAAUGAGUCACUCAACCCGCUAAUAGAUACAACUACUGCAGCAUGGGAGCCGAGCGAGGAGGAAGUGGAGAAUCUGAUCAGCUCUGCUUUUAAGAGCAUCUUGAGCAGCCACAAUGGAAACUUAACGAGUUACAUCUUGGAUGAUUCGAUAUCUAUGAGGAGGGUGAUCAACUCCAUAAGAGUGACUGUGAUAAUUAUGACCACAUUUAAGGUACAGCUUCCACCGCCGGAGCACAUUGCAGCCUGGGUGAUCUUGGCCAAUCACUGGCCAUGCCGCCUCAGCUGGAUCUUUCAGUGUUUGGAGGACGACCAGCAGAGAGCUGAAAUCGAUGCCACAAAUGUGGCCGCCACUGAUAAGUCUAAGACUUUAUGGGAAAUCUUCAGAGAGUCCAGAGCAGAACUCUACAUGAUGCGGGAACAGAUAGACGACCUUCUGGAGAACGACAGUGAUCCCGAGAUGUUUGAGAGGUUUCUCAAAGUAGAUUUCCAGUUCACGGUAGAGGACCUGGAGAGGUUUAAACUUGCAACAGUAAACCUGGACGACUCGAUUAAGAACGAGUUGGGCAAGAUCAGAGGGACGUCCCGGCUAAAAGAUUCUGUCUGGAUGAGGAAACUUGCCUCUCUGCCAAUCAGAGUCGUGGUCAACAUGAGUGAGGAGGAUGUCUGCAAAGAGCUGAAAAGGUUGAAUUUCCCUGAUAAGUAUGCUAAUGUUGUAAGAAGCAAUGACCUCAGCGGCCAAGCCUUGGUCUUCGGUGACGUGGAUGACCUCAAAUUACUCUUUCAAAUGACAGCUGGUGAGUGGACAACUUUUAGACUGCACUUCCUGGGUUUCUACUCAUAUCUCCGCCCACAAUAUAAGGCCGUGCAGCGUCCCACUAAUCAUCUGCAGAACCAACUGCCAAGAAGCUCUCACCUUGUUCCCCAUCACCAUUCAUCAGCUAGGAGCCUAGCUUUCCAAUGA